AUGAGUGAAACAGAAUCAUCUGAAAAAUUAAAACAAGGGAAGAAAUACAAAAGAUUUCAAUAUACCCAUAAUGAUUUGGUUAAUGCAGUUGAAGCUAUUGUGAGUAAAAAAAAAUCACUCAAUCAGGUACACAAGGAAACAGGAAUACCUAAAGCUACUCUUAGUACCAAGGUAAAUAAUAAAGUUCCUUUAGAACGUAAAAUGGGACCACCAUCUGUUUUAUCAGUUGACAAAGAAAAUCAAAUUGUAAAUUGGAUAUUGUCAAAUGCUAAAGUUGGUUUUCCAGUGCACCCUGAACAAUUAAAAGAUUCAGUACAAAGUGUUUUAAAAGAAUCCCCAAAACAAAAUCCUUUUAUUAAUAAUCGACCCGGCAUUAAAUGGUUUAAUUUAUUUUUGAAAAGACAUCCAGAAAUUAAAAAAAGAAAUGCUGAGAUUAUUUCUAAAGCAAGAGCUAAAGUAACAGAGAGAUCUAUUCGAUAUUGGUUUAGUGAUGUUAAAUUAUACUUAGAGGAAGAAGGUAGCUUAGAUAUACUUAAUGAUCCGAGAAGGAUUUUAAACUGUGAUGAAACUGGCUUACAGUUAUGUCCGAAAUCUGGCAAAGUUUUAGGACCUAGGACAAUGAAUAAUUUUUAUGAAGUAGCUAGAAGUGCAGAAAAAGAAAACAUUACAGUCCUUUGCACUUAUUCUGCAGAUGGAAAAUCACUACCUCCAAUGAUUAUAUACCCAUACAAAAGGAUUCCUUUGCACAUUGCCCAAUCUUUGCCAGACGAUUGGGCAAUUGGCCGUUCGGAUAGUGGAUGGAUGGUAUCCGCCACAUUUUAUGAAUAUGUAGCAAAUGUAGUUUAUCCAUGGUUAGUUGAAAACAAAAUAGAGUUUCCUGUCAUUCUUUAUGUCGAUGGUCAUAAAAGCCAUUUAAGCUUGGAACUUUCUCAAUUUUGUUAUGAUAAAAAAAUUCAUUUGUAUUGCUUGUUGCCAAAUUCCACCCACAUAUUACAACCUUGUGAUGUUUCCAUAUUCAAACCUCUAAAAUCUUAUUGGAAAGAAGUUACCAGAGCACAUAAUUUAAAUUCAAAAAGUCCAAUCACAAAAAAUAAUUUUGGUAUAAUAUUUAAAAAAGCUUUUGAUAAAGUUAAACCAGAAUCGAUCAUUAAUGGGUUUAGAACAUGUGGGUUAUAUCCUUUUAAUCCUGAUGCUGUGGACUACAAUAAAUGCAUUCCUACAAGGAUAGCAGAACUUCAACAACCAGAGGUCUCAUUCUUAACUCCAAAUUCAAAUGACUAUCUUGUAUGCAAAAAUGUAAUUAGUUAUAUUUUAAGAGACCACGAGUUAGAAAAUGUUAUAAAUAAUAAUACAUUGUUAGCCAAAAUAUGGAACGAAUGUGAUAGUAGAAGCGAUGAUACUAUUAUUACUAGUUAUAAACAAACUCAAGAAUUUAAUAUAUUAGACAUGCCAAUUGAAAUUGAAGGGUCAACUCUCAUGUUUACUGAUAAUGAACUUGAGUUGUCAGGGAUUGAAGUAUUAAAUGAAGAAUCGCUGUUAACAAAUUCUGAAAAUUAUAUAAUAGACUCAAAUGAAGAAAAUUUUAAUUUGGACUUGGUUGUAAAAAAAAAUGUAUGCUCAAAUAUUUUUGAUCAUGUAAUAAAUAAAUCAAAAACUUCUGUGACACAAGUUUCAAGUGUAGAAGAUUCAAAAAACUGUGAUACAAUUUGCAAUGAAAAUGAUUAUACAAACAUUUCUAGUACUGUAAAAAAUCCAACAAAAUGUUUAUAUAACAUUGACAAAGUUGACAGUGAAAAUAUUUAUGAAUUAGUAGAAAAUACAGUAAAACUUUCUGGAGCCAUAAAGAAUAAAGAAACUGAUCCAGAUAAUUUUACUAAAAACUCAACUCAACAAAUUUGGGAUAAACAUUUUAAAUGGUCUAAAGAAGAAAAUAGUGAUUUUAAAAAUAAAAUUAAAACAAUGCCUGUUCCUUAUGCUAUAACUUCAAGUAAAUGGAUGCAGAUACAAAAAGAAAAAGAAGAUAAAAAGCUAGCUAAAGAAACUCUUAGCUUAGAAAAAAGAAACGCAAGACUGAUGAAAAAAAUUGAGACUGAAAAUAAGAGAAAAUCUAAAGAAAUAAACAAAGUUCCUAUUAAAAAACCAAAAGUCAUUAAUUCUAUGGAUGUUCCUAAUUUAGAAAAAACAAAUUUUGAAGCACAAAAAAUCAAAAAGACCCUGAAUGUGGGUGAUUAUGUCGUUGUGAUUUAUGAAGGAGAAUAUUUCCCAGGAGCAAUAAAAUCUAUAAAGAAAACACAAUCUCAAUAUAAGGUUAAAGCAAUGGCUAUGUCAGGAAGACAUUGGAAAUGGCCAGAGUUGGAUGAUUUGUGUUGGUUCAAUAGAAAUGAAAUUAUUGAAAAAAUUGCAACUCCUAAGUUUGUUGCAGAUUUGUCAAUCGAUGCAAUUACAUAUUCAGUUCCAGAAAUUGAAUUAAUUAAACAAAUUAAUGUUCCUAUUAUUUAA